GAAGAACAAUGUUUACAUAUUAAAAAAUGUACGUGAGUACAUGUAUGUAUAUGGGUAUUUACAUAUCUACAUUCCCUUCAGUCUUUUGGACAAAGAUGUUCCUCAUUUGUUAAGUAUCCAUCUUGACUGGCCCAUCUGAAGUUUCCUGGGAAAAUUAAACUAAUAUUGCAAAAUUAAGAGUUUAGACUGAUGACAUCUUCUUAGACUAUAAGGAGAAUACAUAAAUGAAAACAAAAAAAAGGAAGUACAAGUGUAGAGAAAUGUUUGGAAAAUGAAAAUUGUUGUGUUCCCUAUUUAAAAGCCAUGCUUGACAGAAUGUCCUCAGAAAACCUAGGGUCCCAGGCUCACCCAGACGCCCAGCUGAGGCAGGCCAGCAGCACCCUCGCCUCCCCCAUGGCCCUCCUGCUCCCUCUACUGACGGCUCUGGUGGUAUCCAGCUAUGGCCCCGGCGGAUCUCUGGGCUGUGACCUGCCUCAGGACCACGUGCUGGUUAGUAGGAAAAACUUCGUGCUUCUGGGCCGGAUGAGGAGAAUCUCCCCUUUCCUCUGUCUGAGGGACAGAAAAGACUUCAGGUUCCCCCAGGAGAUGGUGGGUGGCAGCCAGUUCCAGGAGGCCCAGGCCAUCUCUGUCCUCCACGAGAUGCUCCAGCAGAUCUUCAGCCUCUUCCACACAGAGCGCUCCUCUGCUGCCUGGAACACCACCCUCCUGGACCGACUCUGCACUGGACUCCAUCAGCAGCUGGAAGACCUGGACACCUGUUUGGUGCAGGCGAUGGGAGAGGAGAAAUCUGCCCUGGGAACUGAGGGCCCUGCACUGGCUGUGAAGAGGUAUUUCCGGGAAAUCCACCUCUACCUGAAAGAGAAGAAAUACAGUGACUGUGCCUGGGAAAUUGUCAGAGGGGAAAUCAUGAGAUCCUUCUCUUCAUCCAGAAAGUUGCAAGUAAGGAUGGGACUUAAGGAUGGAGACGUGGGAUCUGCUUAA